UACUUUAUAUACCUUGUCUCUUAAGACGACCUAAGACCAUAUUUAAGACGAUCUUAAAUAAUAAGAACGGAUUAUGAAUACCGGCCUUAGUACAGACACGCACCAAAACUGGCCGUUUUACCGUGGCACCGAAAAGUGAAUCUGGCCAUGUAGUUCCGCCAGUUCUAAAAUGGAUCUAGUUGGCGCUAUUGCACCAGCUAGAAAAAGCGUCUUACGGAAAACGGCGGUAUGGCCUCUGCCCCCUUUUCUCUCUUGUCUGAUUUCUUCUUGCCGGUGAUUGUAUGAGAUGCGUGGCGUGAUAUAUGUUUGUAUGUUUGUAUAUUGCUUGCAUUAUAUUCAGGAGGUUGUAAAAAUUGACAUAACUUAAGGCUUUAAUAAAAUUUUUUCAAAAGUACUUGCCGUAAAAAAAAUCUGUAAUGCAAAAAAGAAUGCAUUCUCUGAGAAAAUUGCCCGUUUCUUUUACUCGGAUACUUAGACUUAAUGUACCACGAAGUCUAAACCAGCAGAACUCCUCGCAGCCAGCUGCAAAUGCAAAUUUAGAUAAGAACAAAGAAGACACAAUAUUGGUGAAUCAAGUGGGUAAAGUAACUACGAUUGGUAUUAAUCGUCCUGAAAAGAGAAAUUGUUUAGAUACUGCAACCGCACAAUUACUAUCAGAAGCAUUAGAUAAAUUUGAAAAUAACGAAGAGACAUCAGUAGGAGUGUUAUAUGGAGUAGGAGGCAACUUUUGUGCCGGUUAUGAUCUCAAAGAAAUUGCAGACUAUGAUGGCGAGAGUGAGGAAAACAUACCACACUUUGGGCCAUUGGCGAAUAGAACUGAAUUAUUCAAGAAACCACUGAUUGCAGCUUUGAAUGGAUACGUCAUUGGAAUAGGAUUUGAACUUGCUUUAAUGUGCGAUUUGAGAGUUGUAGAGGAUACGGCAGUGAUGGGCUUUUUAAACAGACGUUUCGGCAUUCCAAUUUUAUGCGGAGGCACCGUCCGUUUGCCUGCUCUGGUUGGAUAUUCUAGAGCUAUAGACCUAAUACUAACAGGAAGAAUAGCUACUGCAGAGGAAGCAUUUAAGUGGGGAAUUGCAAAUAAAUAUGCAUCUUGUGGUGCAGCUUUGGGCGUAGCGAUAAAUUUGGCAUCGUCCCUUGUAAAAUUUCCGCAAAAAUCUUUGUUAGCGGAUCGCGCCUCGGCGCAUUUUGCCGCAUGUUCGGCAAAGGUAAUGGAAGAAGCAUUGCAAUUCGAAAAAGAUAAUUCAUCGCAUUUGAUAUUGGAGGAAGGAGUUGAAGGCGCUAAGAAAUUUAUUUAUCAAGGAAUAGGAAGGCACGGAAAGUUUCAUGAUAUCACGAUUAAAGAUAAGAGUAUUAAGGAAUUAGAUGAGACUUUAUUAUAAGAAGUUUCGAUUUAAGCGUAGAUUUAAUUGAUGGAGUUUUCCGCGAAGGUCUUCGCACCUUGGAUAGAAUAUCAGAACAUCUUUUGGCUGCCUUUCCUGUUAGAAGUGGUGUAAAGUUCACCAUCUGUCUAUUCUCAUCCCCUGAAAAAUAUCUCCUGUAAUAUCUCCUAUAUUAGGUAAAAUAAUAUUCACACAUUACUUUCGAAAGUUAUGAUAAAAUAUGUUGAAUCUGUUUGAAGAAUAUCUGUUCCGCGUGUACAAGGCUCAUAGAAGGAUACGUUUUUCAAUUGACAAUUGAUUUCGUCAUAUAAAUCGAAUUCAUCUGAAAAUAUCCAGAUAGCAAAUGCAAGUUAUUUGACGUCAAAAUAACGUGCGUUUGCUAUCUAGUUUCCUACGAAAAUUGAUUUUUACAUUUUUUUAAUAAUUAAAAAACUGCAGUUUAACAAAAUUGAUGUUAGAUUAGUGUCAACAUUUAUAUAUAUAUAAUCAAUUAAUAAUUAUAUUUAUAUAAUCAUUUUACUUUUAAUUACAUGUACUAUUCACACGUGCAACUUUUCUAAUGUAAUUGAGUAUCAUUCUAAUCGGACAAUUUACAUUCACCAACAUCUCUCUUUCUGCAGAUGUGUUUGAUUGUCCAACCUCAUCACUAUUUGAUAAAUAUUCUGUAAUUACAAUUCUAUACUAUUAAUCAUAAUUCUCC